UGUAUCUUGGAACCUCGUCUGAAAGAGUCGUCAUUCCCAGACAAAUUCUUCCUCACCUUUAUAUAACCUUCCUCCUCCUACACUCCCCUCAUUCCACUCUCAGCUCUCCUUUCCAUUUCCAUUUCCAAAUCUUCUUCUCCUCUCUGGUCUUCACUUCGUCUUCGCUCCUUCAAAUCUUGGAAGAAUUAAUUAAGACAGCUUCGUUCGGUUCCAGCUAACUCUCUCAUGGCGACCCCAGAUGAAGCUUCGGCUCUCGACCUCAUCCGAGAACAUCUCUUCGGGGAUUUCGCCUCCCUUGAAUCCUUCUUGUGUGAUUUCAACCCCAGAAGCAGCGGAUUAGCUACCUCCGGAGAGAAGCCCAGUGUUGUGGUCUCUACGUCUGAUUCUUUCUACUCCCACACUGCAAGCUCUGACAGCCCGGUUUCCGGGUUUAGCAAUGAAGCCUUUACCAGUUCUUUUCACUCUUCCAUGUCUGAGCCACUGGUUUCAGAACCAGAGCUUGAAAUCUCUGAUUAUCUCAAGAUGAACGGGAAUGACCAAGUUGAUCAGUUCUUUCAGUUUGAAGCCAAACCUCAAAUUAUCGACUUGACUACACCGAAAAGCCUCAGCUCCGACUCCAACUCCAGCUUCAACCAACGACGACCUUCGUUGAAGAUUGAUCUUCCUCCUGUAAAGAAACUCGAAUGGUCCGGUUUCAACCAACCUGCUCAACCAGUUGUGACGGUUUCGAACCAAAAGCAAACAGAUUCUGAGGAGAGGAAACACUACAGAGGCGUCAGGCAGCGCCCAUGGGGGAAAUUCGCGGCCGAAAUCCGUGACCCCAACCGCCGAGGCUCUAGGGUCUGGCUUGGAACCUUCGACACCGCCGUUGAAGCUGCGAGAGCUUACGACCGUGCUGCCUUCAAGAUGCGUGGGUGCAAAGCGAUCCUCAACUUCCCUCUCGAGGCUGGCAAAGCAGUUGACCCGCCGACGACAAACAUUUCCCGGAAGAGACGCCGAGAAACCGAAACAGAAGUGACCCAAGUCAAAGAACAAAUACAGAUGAAACCCAUUAAAAGGGAGAGGUCGCCGGAGCCUGAAAACACCAAGGCCGCCGUUUCCACCAUUUGCCCAUUAACACCUUCAAGUUGGACGUCCGUUUGGGAAAGCACGGACGUCAAUGGAAUCUUCAACGUUCCUCUACUAUCUCCGUUAUCUCCCCAUCCUCCUCUAGGCUAUCCACAACUUAUGGUUAUCUAAAUGGUUUGACGUCGCCGGUAGCUAGUUUUACGGCCGGCGGACUGUGUCAAAUUGUGCCUAGCUAGGAUUUAUUAGGUAUUUUGGAUGUUGCUGUACAUACACAGAGCUGCACGUUAUACGUAGAAACGUGUACGAAUACGUUGCGUUUGACGAAUAUUUGUUUAUUUUAUAUAUAUAUAAAAUAUUAGGUAAUUGAUCAAAACUACGAUUGGCAUUCAGAUAUCGCUUUCAAUUUUGUAAAUUUGUGGUCUUUGGCUCGAUAAAAUAUGAAGGUUGAUAACUACAAAACCCUAAAUAUUUCUUGAA